CAGAGGCAGCAGUAUAAAGCACAAGUCUUUCGAGGUACCAACAGUUCUUCUUGCGGUCCAGCCCUUGUCGGUGCCCAGAUCACACUCCUUUUGUCCCUCCCAUCAGACACACAGCACUCAGAAAUCACCCACCUCAGCACUCAGGACCCGCCGUAGAAGUGAGGGAAAUUCAGACACCCAAAGCGAGGCGAAAGAAGAAGGGAGAAUCAAGUCCUGCCAUCAAGUUCUGUCCAUCAGCUCGGUCAGUAUGAGAACGAUGCCCCCGCCAGCAGCCUCCCUCCACCGCCUCCUGCUCCUGCUCCUCGCCACCCUCUGCCUCCUGCCCUGCCUCACACACGCCAGAAACGACGCACACCGGCACCGACAAGCUGACAUGCCCACAGUGGGGGAGGAAGAGGAGAUGGGGCAUGGAGGCGGGAGUGGAGGAGACAACGGCGGCGGUCACUACGGCGGAUACGGAGGUGAGGGAGAGGUGCAGCCCAUGGCCCGGUGCCGCCACAACUACCACGAGAGGACGGAAGCGGCGAUCAACAGGCAAAUCAACUUGUUUCACCACGUGGGAUAUGUCUACAGCAGCAUGGCUCACCACUUCAGCGGGUGCGAUGUGGCCCUUCCUGGGUUCGAGAAGUUCUUCCAGCAGAUGGCGGAGGAGCAGCAGGUGCGCGCCGCCACGCUGACGAAGUACCAGAGCCUGCGGGGGGGCGUGGCUAUGAUGCUCCCGGUGUCCGCCCCCGCCACCAACAACUGGGGCAGCGGGCUGGAGGCCAUGGAGAGGGCGCUCGAGCUGGAGAAGUCCGUGAAUCAGGCGCUGCUGGAGCUGCACCUGGUGGCCCAGCAGCACGAGGACACCCACACCUCCACCUUCAUCCAGACCAGCUUCCUCAACCCACAGGUGGAGAAGAUCUUCACGCUGAGCCAGUACGUUACCAGCCUGGAGAGGGUCGGGCCUGGCCUCGGCGAGUACAUGUUUGACAAGAUGCCGCAGAACUAAGGCUCCCGAGGCUCGUCCAUCCCACGCAAGGCUACUCAAAGUCUUCACCCGAGGCUUCUCCGAGACCCUCCGGAAAUGAAAGGAAUUCUCAUGACAUCGCUAAGGCUUCUAGGUUACUCAAUGCUCGAGGACUUCCAGGAGCAGUUUCGGAGGGGUCAUAAUGCUUCCAGGAGCUUUGCAAAGAUUUUGAAGACUGAGGUUCUGUUAUAACUCCAUAAGGUUUUCAGGUGGCCUACGUAGCUCCAACGUGCUGGAAGAGACUUUCGCAUCUGUGUUGUGAAUGCUUUUGUUGUACACCCAAAAUGGAGUUUGCUACGUGGCCUUGCCUUGAUCAGUCUCGUGUGUGGAGAGCAUAAAAAAAAUAUUCGCUCCAUCCCAUGAUCGCUGUCAACCCCUCCUCUACCCUGCCAUACCUCACCGAGCCCUGUCUGCCCACUGAAAAGCCUCUGUCAUCUCUCCCCGCCCUGCCUACCAAUCUGCCAAGCCUCUGUCAACCCUCCCCGCCCUGCCUACCAAUCUGCCAAGCCUCUGUCAACUCUGCCCCGCCCUGCUUUCCAAUAUACCCAGGCCCCUCUCAGUUCUGCCCGAGUAUUCAUAUUUCUUAAGACUCCAUAGUUCUGUCCCGAGUAAUCACACAUUCCUAAACGCACAAAAAAUAGCUUCCAAAUAGUGUGUGUGUGUGUGUGUGUGUGUGUGUGUGUGUGUGUGUGUGUGUGUGUGUGUGUGUGUGUGUUAUGCACAAUCUGAUGGAAGUGCCCAUAGUUUAUUAAUAUAUACGUACUUAUUUUUUAACGAAGUAGCAAUGUAAGUGAUAUUUCCUUGCCAUUAAAUCUCUACAUAACGAA